AUGAUCGGUGUGUGGUGGAACAGUUCGGACGUUGGUUGUUUUUUUGUGUUUUUCGGUGUUUGUUGUGAUCCACUUCGCUUCAAAAUAGGGCAUUACAUGAAGAUGGCUUUGCAGACAGCCCCCGUCAGAUACGGACGCACUGAGAGGUGGGCGAGAUUGUCUUUCGACGACGAAGACGAUUUACCAAAAGAUCCGAGACAAUGGACGAGAGACCAUGUGGCCCAAUGGAUCAGUUUAGUGACCCAACAGCACGGUUUACCUGAAGUACCCUCGUCGAGAUUUUUAAUGAACGGAAAAGCUUUAUGUCUUAUGUCACUGGGGAUGUUUUUAAGUAGGGUACCGUUAGGGGGGAAGCUUUUAUAUAAAGAUUUUCAAUUAAGGCUUUGUGCGGCACUUUACGGCGUCACUCAUUAAUUUUCCUCACUUUUUUUUACAUAAUUAGUGCUAUGAUUGAAUAGGGUUAAGUAACACUUGGCAGCAACUAUUUUACUUCCUGUUGUAAUUAGAAUUUUUUUAAGUAUUAUAAAACGUCUGCCUCAAGGAUUUGUCCUAGUCAUGUAAAUAAAUAUGUUUA